UGUUCCUACAUUAUGAUUGUUAACGUAUUUACAUUUAUGGUGCUACUUUUAUCAUGCUGUGGUCAAGAAACGAUCCCCUUCGGAAGUGUGUUUAUUAAUACACUCACCAGGAAUCCGAUAGUGCAACUUGCAUCGCGAACAUCAGCAGAAGUAUUCGCCAACGCCGUUGGUGUCAUCACUAAAGCUCCCAAAGCACAGAUCGCGGACACCCUCUACACCUACCCAUUUCUCGUGAACAGAAAUUUGCUCAACUACGCUGACGCACUGGUCUUUGAAUAUAAUGCUCAUGUGAACAAUGAAGACGUCACGCUUAGUAUCAGUGAGCUCAUAACAAAGUAUGGAUACUCAGUGGAAAGGCACGAUGUGCGUACCCAAGACGGCUACAACCUACAUAUGUUCAGGAUACCGAGCAACGGAUCCGUGGUUUUCCUCAUGCACGGUUUGGGAGGUUGUGCAGACGACUUCGUUUUGGCCGGACCACAGAGUGGACUCGCUUAUCUCUUAUCCAAAGAGGGCUACGACGUUUGGAUGGGGAAUGCCCGUGGGAAUAAACAUUCACGCAGUCACGAAUACCUCACGCCUUCCGAUCCGGAAUUUUGGGACUUUUCGUGGCACGAGAUUGGUUACUAUGAUCUGCCAGCUAUGAUAGACCAUACACUUGCAAUAAGUAAGUCUGACAAACUUAAAUAUAUAGGACACUCUCAAGGAACCACAGUCUUCUUCGUAAUGGCAGCAGAGAGAGAAGAGUACAACGACAAAAUUGCCCUCAUGGUUGCUCUGUCUCCAGUAGCGUAUAUGACACACGUAAAGUCUCCAUUAGUGAGGCUCCUAUCACCAGGAACGCCUCUCAUUUACGAGGUGACGAAGAGCUUAGGCUUGUACGAGUUGAUGCCAGAUAAUGCGUUGACAAGAUCGUUGAAACUUCUGCUAUGCGGAGUUGGACCCUUAGAGGAUAUUCUGUGCAGUAAUGUUUUGUUUUUAAUCGUCGGCUUCGACUUGGAGCAGCUUAACAUGACCAAUCUGCCCGUGAUAUUGAGCCACGUGCCGGCCGGCUCAUCAGUGAAACAGCUCGCACACUACGGGCAAGGUGUCGUUUCGGGGGAAUUCAGACAAUUCGAUUUUGGCGCGAAAGGGAAUCUGGAGAGGUACGGUUCGCUGAUUCCCCCGAAAUAUGCCAUGGAUCGAGUCCGGGUGCCGGUUUCGUUGUUCUACAGUGACGAGGACUGGUUGGCUCAUCCCGAUGACGUGGACAGAUUAUACAACGAACUGUUUAACGCUGUGGACAUUCACAGGGUUCCGUACGACCAGUUUAACCAUUUAGAUUUUAUAUUCGCGAAAGAAUUUAAAAGAUUGAUAUAUAAAAGAUUACGAAAAUUGCUGUCAUUAUUUUAACAACGGAAAUUUUAUACACCAUUAAUUGUGAUGUGUAGAUACUUAAGUCUGUAAGGGGUAAAUAAAAAUAAAAAAUGAACACCGUAUAUAUUUACUAAUGGAAUUAGCAUAUAUGUGUAAUUAAAUUGUGUAUACGUACAAUAACUAUAGAUAUACCUAGAUAGUUCCUACAUAGUAUUUCCAUAGUACAGCAGUUAGAUUAACAAACAAUUGGUGUCUAUAAUUGUAGAACGAUUAACUCGCUGAUCCUCAUUAAUACCAAAUUGUCAGUUUGAAAUUUUUUUUAGCUGAUUUUAGAAAUAAACUUCAUAAUCAAUUUUCGAUGGUUAAAUAGUACAUUUUCCUACCAACACCAAGGAAUCUGUCACCUUCAAAAAAUGAAUUGAGGACGUGGUUUUUGAAUAC